AUGUUGUCCACUAGCAUCCAAGCUGUUGUUGAGCAGUUCAAACAGGUAUUCUACUGCUUUAAGAGGUGGCGGUGGUCUUUUGUCACCUUGGCUGAGGCCCGUGUAACAGAGAACAGUUCUGUGAAGUGCGCUUUCACGUGUAUGGCAGCGAAAUUCCAGAGUAUCCGAUUUUUGAUGGCCGUUGAUCUGUUCACCAAGCUUCGCGAUUGGCUUACAAACGUUUCAUCCCAGUGGUCCGUCGCAUUUCCGAGUUAUGCAAAGGUUAAGUCCUGCAUUUUUACCGUAACCUUCAUUGCUUUUAUCUCAUUCUCAUUUCCGAGGGAUCGGUCAUGUCAUAAUCAUAUAUCAGCUGUAACACCCUUUCGGUGCUCAGCCGACAUGCCACCCGAAGGAAGCACGAGAGCUAGGAUACUGCUAGGUCGCCCAAGCCUAGACAGGGGAAGUCGAGAGGCAGAGGUCGGGUUCGAACCACGAACCUUCUGGUCAGUAAAUUGGCUUUCUAACCACUGA